UAUUUAUUCUAAAAUUAGAUUGCUGUUAUGAAUAAUUACAGAGGUAGAGGUGCAAGGUAUCAUGGCUUGAAAAGUCAUCAACGUAAUUCACCAGCAAACGGCAGACCAAAUGAAAUUCUAGAAGAUUCCUUUGAUAGUGCCAGGGAUAAUAGGCAGGAUUACGAGAAUUUGCAGUCAGAUUUUCACCAAUCACAGACUGAUGCCUCGAGAAAUGCAUUUCAUCAUCGUAACAGAAUUCAGCAACAAAAAAGGCAGCAAGGCAAAUUUCGUAGAAGACCCCCAAAUAGAUGCAAGAAUUCAAAUGUUAAUCAACCUAGAAUAUUUAAUAAAGGCCAAGAGACUUCAAACAAGACAGAAAAUGCUGAGUUCCCUAAUUUCCCUCAGUUAAAUGAAAUUAAAUCAGAUGACGAUUAUCAGCUAAAUAGAUCACAUUCUCCAUUUGAAGUCAGAAAUUCCAGAAGCACAUCUCCUAAAAGUGUAAAAUCAUGUUCUAAUGACAGUAACUCUGAUGCUUGUAGUAGUAUAUCUGAUUCUUAUGCUUCUGUGAAAACAUUAAAAUUUGGUAAUGUGCAUUUUAAUGUAAAUAAUGAAAGCUCAGAUUUAAACAAUUUAAAAUCUAAUCAACAAUCCUUUUUAUUUGAAUCACAUAAAAAGUAUGAAAGCCCUAAUGACAGACAAGAAGGUGUUAAAAAUUAUAAUAAAAAUAACAAAUUUAACUGUAACGAUACUUUUAGCAUAUUUGAUUCUAAUAAGAUAGAAUUAGUGAAUACCUCAGAUUUUGAAAAAGAGAUUUUAAGAAAUAGCUCUGAUCAGUUAUUUAAGGGGACUAAUGAAUCCCUUUUUUCCUUUUCGUGUGGGCAAUCAGUAAAGGAUAAUCUUGAAAGUGUGAAAGAUAAUUCAUCAAAAUCUGUAAGAAAUGAUUUAACUGAAUUUUCCAAGAACACGAAAGAAUUGCCUUUUUCUCUUAUCUUGUCACGAAGAUGUGAACAUGAUUGUGAUUCUGUAAAUCAAAUUAGUGGCUUAGAUCCUAGAAAUAAAAGUACUUCAUUUCAAAAGGAACGUAAUCUAGAAAAUAGGUUUUCAAAGCAUAAUUUUAAAUCUCAGUUUUCUCGGGAAGUAACAAGCUAUAAUGAUGAGGCUCAGAAAAGAAUAACAGGCAACUUGCAUGCACUUGAAGGCCCAUAUGACUCAGAUUUUCAGUUUCAGAAUAGUAAAGGUGUAAAUUAUGAUGGUAGCAAUAUAAGUGCAGAUUUAGAAAAGAUCAAUAAAUUAUUAAACCAGUGGAAACCAUCAGAUUUUAUUCUAGAAUACCGUCAAAAAAUUGAUAAGCAUGCUGACAAAUGCGUGCAACAGAAUCUGAGAGAAAAAGAAAAGAUUUGUACUUUGUUUUCUCAGAAAGAAUAUCCUGAAGUGUUAAAAAACCUUCUAAAUAAUCUGACAAUGCAGCAGAAAGAGUUUGACAGUAUUAUUUCCGAUGCAAAAGUGCAGUUAUCACAUUUGCAUAGUAACAAUGUUGUAGAUGUCAUAAAAGAAGCUCAUUUAAUUGAAGAAAAUGUUUUGAAAGAGUGUAAACUUUUUGUAAAAUUUUUCCCUGCAUAUGCUAUAAAAUCUGAUUUUUUAAAAUCUAUAACUGAUAAGCAAGUAACGAUUAUAGUAGGAGAUAAUUCUUACUGUUUUAAUAUCUCAUUGCCAUUUUUUGUGAAAGGAAAAUUUGAUCAUUAUGUAAUUUCUUGUGAACCAUCAGAGCUUUUGAGUAUGAGGUUGCUUCAAAGUUUAAAUAGUAUAUUUCAAGAUGAGAUAGCUUCUGAUUUAUUGCCAAUUAAUGAAAGCUGUGUGGGAGAUCAUAUUUUUGUUGUUACUGAGGAAAACCUCUUAAAUUUUAUUUCACAUAACCGUGACGAUUUCAAUCUGUUCGUCAUUUUAAACAUCUCUUUAAAACGAUCUGUGCUUACUGAUGUAUUGCUAGCCAAUUUGAAAGAUUUAUUGUCGAAACAAAAGAAAUCAAAACUUGUACUGCUUCUUUCACUCUAUGAUAAUCCUACAAAAUUUGAAAGUUACUUUUCUUCAGAAACAGUUUCUGUUCUUAAAGUGCAAAAUCUUAUCUUCCCAGUUCAAACUGUGUGGAAGCAAAAUUUAUUGUCUCCGGUAGAUGAUUAUAUCAGUGAAGUGGCUGAAACAGCACUAGCUAUUUGUACUUUGCAUGAUAGUGGUGAUGUGCUGGCUUUCUUACCUACGAUUUCAGAUGCAGAUUUGGCUUCUUCAUCCUUAAAAAAAUUGUUAAUUAAGUUUAAUUACUGUGACAUUGAAUUGAUUUUAGAACAUGAAAUAAAUUUAUAUGACUAUUGUUUCCAAAAACCAAAUGAAAAAGUAUCACCAAAGAGAAAAAUUUUCUUCGUAACCAGUUCAGCAGAAAUGUUUGUUAUGCCAUCUAUCCGUUUUAUCAUUGAUUCUGGUUUGAAAAAGGAAUAUGUCUAUGAUCAAUGUAAAUGUAUUGAUGUGUUUUCACUAACAUUUAAUUCUCAUAGUAAAGCUAAACUGCGAAAAAGUUUAGCUGGUAUUUCCAACUUUGGCAUUUGUUAUCGCAUAUACAGUAAAGAAAAUUAUCGUAAAGAAAUGUUACAUAAAGAAAACCCAGAGAUUUUGACUUUAAAUCCAUUUAAUACUUUUAUAAAAAUAUUUCAAUAUAAUCCAGAUAAAGCUGAAGAUAUUCAGUUUGUUGAGCCAUUGCCUGAUGAUAUGAGACGAGAUACAAUGGAUCGUUUAAGAAAAUUCAAUGCAAUUAAAAAUAAAAACUUAACUGCUCUGGGUAAAGAUAUGGUGAAACUUCCUUAUGCUGCUAGAUAUUCCAAAUUACUUUUAAUGGGCAUUCAGUGGGGUUUGGCUUUCGAGGCAGUUGUCCUUUUUUCUUUUUUUUCUUCUGAAAUGCCAAUAUUUCAGCUUCCCCAAGAUGAAGAACAGAAAAAGGCAAUAGAUGCCCAGAAAUUCCAGCUAAUUCAAAGCAAUAGUGAUACACUUACGUAUCUCUAUAUUUAUGAGAAAUGGGUUGAAAAUGGCCGUAGUUCAGAAUGGUGUAAUGACUGUUACAUUUUGCCGAAGACUCUAGAGAGUGUUAGUGCAAAAAUAGAUGAAGUAUGUAAAACUAUUGCAGAUUGCUUAAAAAAAUACAUUGAACCAAAAUUUGCAGAUGAGAAAAAUUAUUCUGAUCUAACUGAAAUGUUAGUUGAGUGUUUUCAGGAUAAUUUAUGUGUUUUUACAGGACGUUAUGAAAGUGGGUUUAGAGUUCUGAUGUCAAAUAGUAUUGCACAUUUAGAUACAACUUCAGUAAUUUGCCAAAAAGCUAAUGUACCACAAUAUAUUAUUUUUGAUAAGAUUGUAUCUAAAGAUAGGGAUUAUAUGAUUCAUGUAACAGCAGUUCCAGGUGAAUUAAUCGACCAGCUUCUUACAAAGGAAUUAUUGGACUACAACUAUUCAGAUAUGUUUGAAAAUAAUUUAAUUCAGAGGACCAUUCCAGUUGGAGAAAAAUUAAUGAACCAAAUUCUGCUUGAGAAAAGAGGUCAAAAUUUAAAAAAAAUUGAAGAAGAUAUUAAAAAAGAGACGGGUAGUGACUUUAUUUUCAUCGAACCAUGCGUUGAAAAGGGUUGUAUUUACGUGUAUGCUGUGACAGAUGCCAUUGAUUAUGUGAUGUGUACAGUGGAAGAUACACUAAAAAAUAAAAAGGAAGCUAUUUUGAAUGAACAAGAUAAGAAUGUUUUAGAGUUAAAGAAAGGUAAUAAUAAAGUGUAUGUUAAAGUAAAUUGGAUAAGAGGUGCUUUAAUUAAACAGCUUGAGAUUGAAUCAGAAGUUAAACAGCUUUUAGUGAAUAAAAGUGAUUGUAUCUUAGAUGAAUUCAGUAACAAGCCAUGUUCUGCUUUUGAUGAUUUUAUCCAUCUAACAUUCAUACGGCGGCCUUGUGAUAGAGCAUUUAUAACUUUAAGGAAUGAUGCAGACUUUUUUAAAGCUCGUAAACUGACGAUGAGGCGCAUUCAUUCUCAUGUAUUAAAGACUGAUAUUUAUAUGGAAGUGGGUGAUAGGAAGAAUCAGCUUCUUGUUUCCGAUCUUCCACCCGAAACUACCAAAGAAAGUUUUAAACAGGCUUUUCAAAUUCUCUUACAUGAUGUUCUAAUAGACAACUUUCAAUUAGAGUACAAAUUUCCUUUUGGAACUCCAAAUCAGGAUGCAAGGUUUAUAAAAGAUGCAAUUACUAAGAAAUGUAAAGAGUUAAAAAUAGCUGAUUUUGAUAUUUUAAUCUCUGAACCAGCAGCAAUGGAUACAUUUAUGGAAGCUUCCAUUGUUAUUCAGAGUAAUCAAGAUUUGAAUUUUCUUGCUGUAGAAUUUUCUAAUACAGAUUUUGGCCAGCGAAAACUUAUAGCUGCCCCUGAGUAUGGUUCAAUUAUAAAAUGUGAUAAACGUGUAUGGAAUGCAUUAAAAAAACGUUUUAAUAUAGAAUUAGAAAAACUUACAAACCAACUGCAUUUAGAUAAAAGCCUUUUCAGAUUAGAGUAUGGUUUUGAAAUAGAAGAGACAUAUUCUUUUAAAUUAUUGUCUAAAAGUGUGACUGAUAUUUUAAAUGGUUGCGCACAAAACUGUUUUAAUAUCUUUUUGAAGACAUAUAUAAAUAGCAGUAAAUAA